AUGGUCGAAAUACCAUUCAUCACCGUCGCACCCAAAGCGGCGCACACGCAUACCGUGGUCUUCUUGCACGGCCGUGGCGGUAACGCGCGCAAUUUCGCUGGAUCGCUGUACCGCUGGCGCGAUUCGCGCAGCCGAACCAUCAUGGAUGCCUUUCCCUCCUUUCGCUGGGUCUUUCCGCAGGCCCCCUUGAGCAGGUGCUCCAGCUCGCCGCAGAUCUGGAACCAGUGGUUCGACGUGUGGAAUGUACGCAACUUUGCAGAGCGCGAAGAACUGGCCAUCGAGGGCCUUAAAGAAGUAAUUCCGCCCUUGCGGACGAUCUUGGCAAACGAAGCGGCUACUCUAGGAGGCCGCUGGGAUCGUGUCAUCCUGGCCGGGAUCAGUAUGGGUGCAGCGACAAGUGUGCACAUGCUAAUCAACCUGGAUGUGCCCCCGAAUCCGGAUGGUGUCCGGAGACUGGCUGCUUUCAUGGGCUUCUCUGCUCGUUGCCCUCUUGCCGGCCGAUCCCUUGAGGAGAUGAGAUCUGCUCUCAGCCUGGAUGAUGUUCCGGCUCACAAUGAGGUUCUUCAAAAUACGCCCAUGUUGCUUGAGCAUUGUGCCAAUGAUCCGCUAGUCUGGAUACCGAACGGCCGAAGAUUGAGAGACAUAUUGAGUGAGUUUGGUGCUCAGAUUGAGUGGAAAGAAUACCAGGCUGGAGGACACUGGUUCAAUUCCCCUCGGGGUAUGGACGAUGCGGUGGCAUUUCUGAACCAACAGGUCCGAGCUCUAGCCCAGCCUAUUCUUGAAUAUAAAUAUCUCUUGAUCCUUCAUCCAUCUCUUCUCCAGGCCUUGACCAAACUCUUCCAUUCCCACCCACACUGGGAGAUCGAGCCCAACCCCUUUUGCACAUUCAUGAGACAUCUUGACCGUGCGUCUUUCGACAAAGAGCUACUCGCAAACCUCACCAAGAUGCCUCCAAAGAAGCGUAAGCUCAGCACUGCUCCGCCAGCAGCCCAGGCUGGCAAACGGGCCAAGGGGGAGGACUCCAAGGCUCUCAGAGCCAGUCAGCGACUGGAGGAAACCCCGACUCUCUUCAAGCAUUUCGCCAAGCUCCCGGCCGAAAUCCGAUUCCGCAUCUGGGAGUUGGUCAUCACGGACAAUGCGGUCCAUGGUUUCCGCGUCCGCAAGGUUCUGACCACCCCUCACCUCUGGGGCAGCUGGUCAAUCAAACUCCUGGUCAUGCCCAAGCACAAGGACGACUCGAUUCAUCGCACUCGGCACAACCUAGACGCCGUCUCCAGUCUCAAAGGCGACGACCCCCAAGCUCGCAUAGCUGUCGGAAAGAGCAUCGAGGAGCGUGCCGACCCGGCGCACGUCAAGUGGAAGUAUCUCCAGUAUGUCGACCUGGCGAACGACUUGGUCUUUUUCGACUUGCAGAACGGCAUGGCCGGUGUCAGCCAGGUGGAGAGCUUCCAGUGGAGGAGCCAUCAGUGGAAUGUUAGUCGGGACAACACGGGUUACGAUAAUAUUCUCGAGGUGAUGCGACCCUUCAAGAAAGUCGGCCUUUUCAUUUCCCGGGACAUGUUGCCGUGCUACACCAGUAAACACAGGGGUCUUAUGACCCCCUUUGCUUGUUGGUGCGUCAGGAUUGACACUGAAGUCCACCAUCGUUUCAGGAUGUGCCCUGUUGAGGUCUCGGGCUUCCUGGACUGCUUCGAAAAUCUUGAAGAAUUCUAUCUCAUCUUUCGCCGGGGCCGCAAGGACAGGCCCCUGGAACACACCGAGGACGAGAUCGCCUUUCGCUCGUUGAACAAGGUAUACUGGCCUGCCAAGCCCGAGGUCCUGGGCCCCCAACUCGGCGGUCUCCUUGAGGCAAUCCAGAGCGAGUAUACUGCCGACCCCGGCCCACUCGUUGUGUACAAACUCGACCUUGAGCGACGCAAGCAGGUCAAGUUUCGAGUUGUGGUCGAGGAGCCGGCUCCGUUCUAG